UGUGCGUGUGAGAGAAAGGGUGAGAGAGAGCGUAUAGACAAAGCCUGUUUGUGGCAGAUCAUUUCCUUAUUGGCCUCAUUUGGCAAAGCAGAAAAUUUCAGGUCUGAGUUAUAUGAAAAGAACAAGAAAAUGAAGAAGACAUUUGUGUGUGAUGAAUCCAUGGUCAUCACAGUUCCUAUUGGGAACCUCAGAGAUGCUCAAGAAGGUCAACUAAUGCCAGAGAAAUUCUACUGUGUGUUCAAAGAUUCCUACAAGGUCUUCGCCGUCAAAGGGAAGCCUAAGCCUCUCGGGGCAGCCCAGGCCAUCACUGGUGUGUUCCUUUUUACCCUUGGUCUGGUUUUUGCAACAGACUUCAGGAUGUACACUCUACCCAGUGUUGUGUUUGUGGUGUGUGGUAUGCUGUCCUACGCUGCAGGACAAUGUCCAAACAUGCAUGUGACAAAGCUCUCGUUCUCUCUGAACAUCAUCAGCUUCUUCUGGUCUAUCGCGGCUUUUACUCUCUCGUUGAUUUGGUUUGUUCAUUUGCCAGAGCAUGAAUCAAAGCUGCAUCAAGGAAUCAAUGGCCUGAUCAUGACUUUGCUGGUUGUGGAGGAUUUAAUAGCCAUCUCCUUGAUCUACUGGUUGAGUAAAGCUGUGUGCAGAGAAAACUUCAACACUCUGCCUGUGAUACUGUUGAAACAAGCGGACUGACCUCAAAGCUGAAGCAAAACAAGCAGAUCUGUAUUUGAAUGCAAACAGAUGGAGACGAAAUACAGUUUUUGUACAUUUACCUGCUUGUAUAAAGAGAUUAAACAUACUCAUAUUAAAUAAAAUAAAGUAUUAUGCUCGUUAAUGUUAAUAAUUUAAACUGAAAAAUUUAAAUUCACACAAAAGUUGUAUUGUUCCAAUAUCUGAAAACUUAAUCAAUGUACUAUAUACUACAAUAUCUGAAAACUGAGUAUGUUUCCAGUUUGUGCAUCAUUUAAAGUGUUAUUUUAAUUGCUGUAAAACAUAAUCUUAGCAUAAGAAAAGAGGCUGUUUUAAAAAUGUAACCGCAGACUACUUAGUUGAUAUAAUAUGUAACUGCAACAUCAAAAGUUAUAACCUUGUUUUGUAAAGAUUUUAUUUUUAUUUUCAACAUACCCUACUGCUUUCGGUUCUACUUUUGUCAUCAUUAACUCAGAACUGAAUUUUUUAACAGAAAUAUUUUAUUUGUUUAACUUUCAUUUCUUCAUUUCAAUUUCCCCUUUGCUCCACCUCUCUAUCGCUACAGCGUUGUAAUAUAAGAGCUACUCUCUUCUUUGCUUGUUUUUCUUGUCUAUAUCAUUAUUCUUAUUCUUAUUCUUAUUCUUAUUCUUAUUCUUAUUCUUAUUCUUAUUAUUCAAUAUAAUGAAUUAUAAAAUGUGUAAAAUUGACAAAGAUGAACAAUCAGCUUCUAAGUAUCUACAUGAGUUGUCAAAAGGGUUUUGAAAGAAUAACUGAAAAGCAUUAUAAAACAAUUUGUCAUUUUUUUGCUGUUAAAAUAGUAGACGAUUGAUGGAUAGAUUCUUUUGACAAUAAAUGAAAUGUAUUUUUAUGUGGCGAUCUAUGAAUAAAACACAAGUUUCAUUUCAUGUAUUCUUGUUUACUUUUGGCUAAAUGUGUAUAUUUUUUAAGAUCAUAUUGCAGUUUAUGUAAUAAAUAAUGCAUUUUCCAAUUUGUGUCCAUGCUGAAAUUAUCUGACUUGAUACAAAUGAAGGAAAAUAUGGAUAAAGUGGAGGUAAGAUGCUGGUCUU